GCUCUGCGCAAACGGAAGGAGGAGCUCUGCGUGGAUCGUGACGCGCUGUGACGUCAUGUAGGACGCUCUAUGCUUCGCGGCAGCAGGCGGAGAGAGGAGAGGAGAGGGCAUUAGAACGGCAAAAUUAAGUCAUAAAUCUGGAAAGAAAAAUACAAUACACGACAUAGCAUAUCGGUCUAACAAAGAAAUGAACAAGAUAAUUUAAAGAAAGAAAAAUGACCAACCGAAGCGCCAGACUCCGAUCUGAAUCCCUCCUCUCUCGCGCUAUUAGCCUAAAUAAAUAGUCUAAUAAUUCAUACUGUACCCUCUCCUUAUUGAUUUAUUAUCCUCAUAAAUAAAUACGGGAAUAUAUAGUCGUUGCUUAGCCUAACAUUUCCGAACCUAUAGCUUAUUUGUACAUAAAUAAAUGGGUGGUUACGGGCUCGGCUUGUUACAUACGGCUAAUAUUAACAACGGCUCUGCGGUCUUUAGUGGAGGCGUUUUCAGGUCGUACACGAGUCCCACUUCGGCUACGAGCCCGAGAUUCUCCGGUUCUUGCGAGCGGUUUAUCGGUGUCCUCCUUAUUCUUACCAGCCGCUGCCCAUCCACAAAACAUGCAGGAUGAGCUCGUCGCAGGGGUGAAAAUCGCACAGCGACCUCCGUCAACCGAGAAAAACAACAGCAACAGCGCAGCAAACGGAACCGGACAACAGCAACCAGGCAACAACAACAACCGCAACCACAACAACAGCAGCCCCGAUUUCAGCGACCAGCUGCGCCCGAACGUCCUGGAGUACAACCAGCUCAGUCGCAGACAGCAGCAACAGUUGUCCGAUUUCAGGGCGAGUGUAAAUCACGAGAAAUUCGGUCAGACGCAGCAGAUCCGUGACCUUCAGCAAGGGCUGAACAGACAGGCGCAGAUCAGCCCGCAGCAGGCAGAAUUCAGCAGCGCGCCGUCACCGCAAGGAGAGCACGAUCACCUGACACACAAGCGGCAUUACGCUCCCCUCGGCCACCAGCACCACGGUACCCCCGAAUUCGACCGCAGCCUGGGCGCCAGUCCCGCUCCGAUCAGCGCCGCGUCGGUGGAGCAGGCGGACGCCAAUGCGGUGGCGGCUGCCCCGCCGUCGCAGUCUUCCGUGAAUCCAAACAAGAUUAGAAUUGAGAUGGACUCCCCCACCGCCCACCUCAUCAACACCGGCAAUGGCAGCAGCACCGCUAGCAUGCUGCCAGGGGGUCUCGGUGCUGGCUUCACCGCUAUUCAGAACCAGGAGAUGCAGAGCCCACACCAGAACCCGAGCGGCUGCUCGUCCCCGACCCUACCCGUGUUCGGAACGCCGUGGUCCGUUCAAACCAGCUCCCCGCCGCCGCCGGCCGCCAGCUCCACAGACCCCCUGAGCCAUGUCCACAGCACCGACACUGACAACGGCUUCUACCCCGGGAUCCCGUCCUCGAUCAACCCAGCCUUUUUCCAGAGCUUUUCGCCGGUGUCGGCUACCUCUUGCGCAGGGGUUAAUGUGCACGGAUUCGGGAGCCAUUUCUCCCACCAGAUCGGCGUGCCCCCGCCGCAGCAGCCGAGCCGCCGGGCCCCCGGCAGCCCCCAGCAGCACCAGGGCCCCUUUCUCCAGCAGCGGAAUAACUACAACCACCAUCAGCCGGUGAUGAAGCAGUCUCCAUGGAGCAGUCACCAGGGGGGGUGGAGCUCGGGGGGGGUGCAGUGGGGAGGGGUCCAUGGGCGGGAUCAUCGGCGUGGGGGCCCCAUGGGGGUGCCUGGGGGGCCCCUCAGCCAGAUCUCUCCCAUGAGGAAGCCCUUCUCCAGCAACGUCAUCGCCCCUCCAAAAUUCCCCCGCUCGGCCGGCUCCAUGGGGCCCAAGUCCUGGGUGGAGGAGAACCUGUUCCGCACUGACAACAACAGCAACACACUGCUGCCCCUGCAGGACCGCUCCAGGAUGCACGACACUCUGAACAUGCGCUCUCUGGAGAGCUCUCUGAUCGACAUCAUGCGAGCAGAGCAGGAUCCAAUGAAGGGGCGCAUGGGAAACCCGCACCCUGGAACAGACAGCCUGCUCAUGCUAAAUGCCAGGAGUUAUGGGAGACGUCGAGGUCGCUCCUCCCUCUUCCCCAUUGACGAUGGUCUCCUUGACGAUGGCCAUGGUAACCAGAACGGCGAGCGCUUGGAGAGAUUCUCCCGCAAGGUCUUCGUCGGGGGCCUUCCUCCGGAUAUCGAUGAAGAUGAGAUCACCACCAGUUUCCGGCGGUUUGGUCAGCUGGUGGUGGACUGGCCCCACAAGGCCGAGAGCAAGUCCUACUUCCCCCCGAAAGGCUACGCCUUCCUGCUGUUCCAGGAGGAGAGUUCUGUGCAGGCCCUGAUCGAGGCCUGUCUGGAGGAGGACGGCAAGCUGUACCUGUGUGUGUCCAGCCCCACCAUCAAGGACAAACCGGUACAGAUCAGGCCCUGGAACCUGACUGACAGCGACUUUGUGAUGGACGGCUCCCAGCCCCUCGACCCCCGCAAGACCAUCUUUGUGGGAGGAGUCCCGCGGCCCCUCCGAGCAGUGGAGCUGGCGAUGAUCAUGGACAGGCUGUAUGGGGGCGUGUGCUAUGCUGGGAUCGACACCGACCCGGAGCUGAAGUACCCGAAGGGGGCGGGGCGAGUGGCCUUCUCCAAUCAGCAGAGCUACAUCGCCGCCAUCAGCGCCCGAUUCGUCCAGCUGCAACACGGGGACAUUGACAAGCGGGUGGAGGUGAAGCCCUACGUGCUGGACGACCAGCUGUGUGAUGAGUGCCAGGGGGCGCGCUGCGGGGGGAAGUUUGCGCCCUUCUUCUGCGCCAACGUCACCUGCCUGCAGUACUACUGUGAGUUCUGCUGGGCCGCCAUCCACUCGCGCGCCGGCCGGGAGUUCCACAAGCCGCUGGUGAAGGAGGGCGCUGACCGGCCGCGGCACGUGCACUUCCGCUGGAACUGA